UCUACCCGGCGACUCGGGGCUGCUUCAAGCUAUAGGAGGCUAUGUCCGCCUUUUUUGCGGCGCCUCAGACGCGCAACGCUGCUGUCAAAAUCGUCGCUCCCAAUGAGACGAAACCUCAGGAUGCAGACUUGUCUAUCCCUCAAAAAUCUGUAUCUACGCCCAAGAAGGGUGCGCCCUGGUGAUUUCAACUCUCCUAUUGGAACAUUUGUUUAUACGUUGUAGAUACUACGCAACGACAAUGUAGGAAUAUAUUAAUUCAUGGAUACUGCAAGUACGAGGGCAAGGGUUGCACCUACCACCAUCCUCCAAAGGAUGACGCUCCACAAGAACCUGAAAUAACAUCUCAGAACGACCUCACAGCAAGUGCUGGUGCUACGUCGAUCCCACUGCAGGCUGUAAAUGCUCCAGUAUUUGUGCCGCGCGGAAUCGCAUCGCCGCAGAGAACUGAACGGACACCUGUUUACACUCCUCCACCUACUACGGUAAAUGUUGCAUAUGACCCGUAUGGGCAACCCGAAGUAGAUAAGGGAGACACUAAUCUUAGCACAUAUGAGGGGAUGGCGCAUCAAAUGGAUCAGAUGAGCUUUACGGACUAUGGGGAGUCCAUAGCAGAUGAUCACUAUGCUCAACAUGAUUACAAUGGUGUAGCAGAAAUGGGUUCCUUCUACGAUCCCCAACAUUUUACUCGUCAACCCCUAAACUAUCAUCUGUACUCGUUGCCUGUUCCCACUAGCAGAGGGCGAAGGUUCUUUAUCUCCGAUGACAUUAGGGAGGAAUUACUUAAACGUUCGGAACAAAUACAUCGCGGUCCUGUCCCCGGUCUACCUCUUCCGGAGGAAGUGCAGGGGUAUCAUUCUCUGGUGCCUCUUGAAAUGGCCUCGACAGAUAAGAAGAAAUCUAACCCCUGGAGUACUAUGAUGUACAAGGCAGUAAAGACGUCGGACGGUGGAGCUUAUGCGCUACGUAGGAUAGAAAAUUUCCGCUUAAUGAACGAACAAGCUUUCACCGUUCUGGAAAAGUGGACGAAACUCCGACAUCCGGGCAUCGUGUCUGUUCGGGAAGCUUUCACCACGAAAGCAUUUGGGGAUAAUUCGCUCGUUGUUGUAUACGACUACCAUCCUAACUCUCAGAGCCUCGCCGAACUCCAUUUUAAGUCGAAUAAGCCAUAUCAGGGAGGCCGAGCACAGCCUGAACGAAUAUCGGAACAGACACUUUGGAGUUAUGUCUUCCAGAUUGCCAGCGCGAUGAAGGUGGUUCACGACGCGGGCUUGGCUGUGCGUAUGAUUGAUGCACACAAGGUUCUGCUUACUGGCCAAAAUAGAGUGAGGAUCAGUUCAUGCGCGGUGUUUGAUAUUUUGCUUUAUGAUACUCGGCAAGACAUCUUCUUUCUUCAGCAAGAAGACUUGGUUAUGUUCGCAAGGCUAAUCAUGUCCUUAGCCUGCAAUAAUCCUUUAGCAACCAGUAAUGUCCACAGAGCGCUGGAUCACGUUCACCGUCACUAUCCUGGAAAUAUUAAAGACGUGAUUCAUUAUUUAAUGAAGGAUCCAGGCCCAAUGAAGAAUAUUCGCGGUUUAUUCGAUACCUUCGCGGGUAAAUUGGUUUCGGAAUUGGAUGCGGCACAUGCUUCCGUUGACAAACUCGAAGGAGAGCUCAUGGGCGAGCUCGAGAACGCACGAUUAGUUCGGUUGCUUUGCAAGUUUGGAUUCAUCAAUGAACGACCCGAGUUUGACCGUGACCCGCGUUGGUCCGAGACUGGUGAUCGAUAUAUUAUCAAGCUAUUUCGGGAUUACGUCUUCCAUUCUGUGGACGAGAGCGGGAACCCUGUGGUAAACCUAGGUCAUGUGUUGACAAAUUUAAACAAGCUUGAUGCUGGAUCUGAAGAGCGCCUCAUGCUAGUCUCACGGGACGAACAGAGCUGUCUCGUCGUCUCUUAUAAAGAGGUCAAGAAUUGCAUCGAAGCGGCUUUUAGUGAUUUGUCCAGAAAUCGUUGAAGCUUUCGAUAAGAGGAAAAUGUUGUAAAAUCCAUAAAAAUGUGUAAAACUGUCCAGCAUUUAUAAUAGCACUACUG